AUGCCGCCUCGGAAGCCGCCCUCCGCGCGCGCCGCCGCCGCCGCCGCGAGGCCGAAGUCGCAGUACAAGCAGAUCGACAAGCGCAAGUACGACAGGCGCGCGCUCGACCUCGCGGACGACGCGGAGCGGACUCGCGGACGCGUGCACGCGUCGGACGCCGCGCGCGUGUGGCACGACGUCCACGACGGCGGUCGCGUCACGGACAUCGAAUACGCGACGCUCGCGAGGAUCGCGAUGGACGGGAUGUACAAGAUGACGAGGGGCGUGACGACGUUCUUCCGCGACAAGGUGAGCGCGCAUCGGCGAUGGAGAACGCUGCGGCGGACGGUCGAGUUCGUCGCGCUCGCGAAGGCGGGCGCGAGGCGCCAUCGUCGAAACGAAGACGAAGACGAAUUCGAAAACGAACGCGAACGCGAACGCGGGGGCUGGGAGCCGACGUCGACGCCGGCUCGCGCCGCGCGCGCGGCGUGGCAGCGGAUCCUCCCCGCGCUCCUCGCGCUCCUCGCGACGCGCGCGAUCGUGACGGCGACGGCGGCGACGGGGUCGCCGCCGCGCGCCGUCGCGGGCGCCGCCGCCGCCGCCGCCGCCGCCGCCGUCCUCGUCCCCGCGUUGAUCGCGACGUGGGCGCUGGAGUUCAUCAGGCUGUCGCCGUGGAGUCCGGUGAGGUUGCCGCCGGGGAGCCUCGCGGCGCGCGUCUGCGACGUCGUCCUCGUCGCGGACGAGCGGGAGCGCGUCCACGGUCUCGCGCGGUGGACGCUCGCGGCGUGGCUCGCGUGCGUCGCGUUUCCCGCGGAUUGCGCCGUCGCCGCGGUGGCGAUUUCUGGAUCCAUGAAAUGCCUGUUCGGCGGAGACGAGGGAGGCGCGUCCAGGAAUCGGAGACUCGCCGUCGCGUGCGUCGCGUUCGCCAUCACGUGGGCGCUGCACGGCGCCGUUUUCGUCGGGAUGCCGCGAUCGCCGCCUAUUCCGCCGCAGCCGUUGCCGCCGGCGCCGCCGCCGGCGUCGUUCGCGGACGCCGUCGCCACGAGCGCGUGCAUGCUCGUCGCCGCGUCCGUGGGCGCGGCGGCCUCGAUGACGUCGGGAACGACCGGGGUGGGGGGAGUCGCGCGAAACGCCGGGAUGGUGAUCGAAACGCCGGGCGCGUGGGCGUUAGCGGCGGUGUCCGGAGUCGUCGCGGCGGCGGCGGCGGCGGGCGCGGACGAGGCGGCGGCGACGGUGCGAAAUUCUAGAUCCAUGCGUAGCGUGGUUCGCGACGCCGCGAGCCGCGACGCGGUCGCUCCGUUAGUCAUCGCGGGAGUGGCGUACGUCUCCAGGGGGGUCGUGCUCGGGUGGGCGUGA